AUGUCCGACUUGCCACAGACACAGGAAGUUGGAGAUAUAUCGACUCUGGAUGGCAAUUCACAGGCCAUUAGCCAGAUUUGGGGUGGACUUUUCCCUCUGAAGAGGAACAUGCCACCUCUUCGUAGUGUCUCAAUGUCGAAGGAAUCCUACACAGUUGGAAGAGAGGGAAGUUGCGAUAUUGUACUUACAUCUGAAAUGUUCACCCAUGGAACACUUUUAAGUGCUGUUAGCAAGGUGCAUUUUCGUAUCGCUCGAGUAAAUACCAGUGUUAGUCCUCAGGUUUUUAUAUACGAUUUAAGCACGAACGGGACUUUUGUUAAUGGACAGAAGAUAGGGAAGGGUCGUAUGCAGCCGCUCUGUAACAAUGAUGAGAUAUCAAUUGCGACACAAAAUUGUUUUCUGUUUACGGACACGUUGUCAAGUGAAUAUCCUGAUGAAGUGUCUUCGAAGUAUACAAUCUGCAGGUCCCUGGGAAGAGUGACCUUUAGGGGUGCAUGCGGUGAAGUUCGCAUCGCUUACGCAAGAGAAACCUGUGUCCAGUAUGCAAUGAAAAUUGUGCCAAAAAGAACGUUUUCAUCGCACCGUUCCCGUUUCGGUAACCGCGAGUUGACGGAAGUUGAGAUUUUAAAAAAGUUGAACUAUCCGUGUAUUGUGAAAAUACAUGAUGUUAUUGAAACCGAGGAGACUCUAUUUAUUGUCCUCGAGCUAGUUGAAGGUGGCGAGUUAUUUGAUCGGAUUCUCAAUAGUGGUCAUUUGUCAGAAGAUGAUUCGAAAUUCUUUUUUUUACAAAUGCUUAUGGCUACAAAGUAUCUCCAUGAUAAUGGCAUCACUCACAGGGAUCUGAAACCUGAGAACAUAUUACUUGCUGGGAACUCAAACAGGUGUCUUAUCAAACUUACUGACUUUGGUUUAUCCAAAAUUGUCAAAGACAACACUAUGCUGCGUACUUUUUGUGGGACUCCUACCUAUUUGGCACCGGAGGUGUUGCUGACUGCUGGCAAUGGCACCUACACUUCGUCAAUCGACGUCUGGUCUUUGGGGGUUAUUUUAUACGUUUGCCUUGUGGGAUAUCCUCCAUUUACUGAUGAACGCAAGGAUUGUGAUUUGAAAACGCAAAUUACUCAUGGACUCUACGAUUUCCCCGAUGUCUUUUGGAAAGGAGUGAGUGAGUCUGCGAAGGAUCUUGUUAGAAGGCUUAUGUGUGUGAAUCCCACUGAACGCAUCACGCUUGAGGAUGCGCUGCUCCACCCGUGGUUGUCUGAUCAGGUAAUACGUGAUCAGUUGGCUGAUCUCAUGAAAACCGCUGGUUUCCCUGAUCUUGUGGAUGGUGUUCUGGAUCCUCGGAAUCUCAUCUCUUGUGUGAGGUGCAAUAGCUCUUCGACGCCAGUUAAGCUGGAUGGGGACGCCAACGGAACUGAUAGUGGUGAAAACAAUGAAACUGUUUCAUAUCUUGGAAACUCGUCCACCACAAGAAAAAGAUCGUUUGAAGAAAUGACAGGUAACAGCUGUCAGUCCCAAUCCAAGAAGUCUGCAUUUUGA